CUUUGUUUGCAUUUGACAAUGCAACAAGCCAUGCUACUUUUUCACUUGACACACUUAUUGCCAACCAUAUGAACCUUAAUCCUGCUGGAAAACAAGAAAAAAUACGCAAUAUAUCUUAUUUUCGUGAAAGAAUAAAAUAUGAUCAGGAUAUAGUUUUUCCAUCAGACUAUCAUAUUCCUAAAUUAUGUGGAGAAGCUAAAGGAUUAAGAGAAGUUUUAACAAAGAGAGGAUUGUGGCCAGAAGAGGGAUUAAA